AUGGUUGGUUCGAACGAAUUUAAGUGGGUGCCCACACAGGGUCUACAAAGAGCAAUAGUUAUUAAAUCCUUCUUGCCUUUGAAAAAACAUCCUGAACUGGUUACUGUCAGUGAUCACAUCUUGAACCUGUAUGCGGGUGAUGAACUGUACGUUUUUGAGACUACAAAGGAUGGUAAGUGGUUAAGGGCUUACUUAUGCUGGGUUCCUUUGCCGGAAUCCUACAUUUCACUAAUGGAUGGUAUUCCACAGGUGGGGAGUAAAUUGGUUGUAGUGCCUCGCAGGUUCGUUAGGUUUAGUACUAAUUUACUGAUCCCACCAACUCCUUUUUUAAAAUUACCACAAGCAAAGGAUUUUGAAGCUGAUGUGGAUUCGGAUUGUUCAGCACCUUCACUAUAUGAAAGUGGAUCUUCAAAGAAGUAUACUGAUAGGGAUGAACCACAUGACAAACCGUCCAGACCACCAUUUCCGUUCUUCAGACAUCAAGAGAGCAGUCUUGUUGAUGAAUUCAGCGCGGCACAAGGGUUAUUAUCAUCUCAUAUCUACAGAAUGUAUUCCUUGGGUGAAUUCGAAGUUUUCCGUAAUAUGAUUAGUCUUUAUCAUCAGUUGGAUUCAUUAACACUAAGGUUGAGGUUUAGUCUACUUACGCAGACUGAACGCACGAAAGUUAUUAGAUCAGCAAGCGCGCUUUUAACCAAUAUUAGUAAAUUGAUAUCAAGUAGGGGUAAAUCAAAUCAAUCUAAUGGUGGAAACGAUCAAAAUGCCUUUACAUUUAAUCCUCAAAAAUCAGAUUCUGCUGGCUAUGAAAGUGUUUUUGGUCGUGAUGUGGAUACUGGUCAGCUUUUAUCGUAUGAUACAAGUAGUGUACAGGAAUUAAUGGUUACUACGAUGUUACAAGGAUUAUGUAAGAAUUUCCCAGUGGCUAGCAGAGAUAUCUACAAUCUAGAUGUCCCACCCAAUCCGCUUUUCAAUUCAAGUCAAUCUCAUAUUAUGGUCGAUGUUAAUGAUGUUACCAGUGAUGCAAGUAUUGGGAACCCAAUGUUUGACAACUUAACAGCAUCAAUGUAUCUAAGCACAAAGAAAGAAGUGUUAACUGAACCUUUUACUGUUAAUAUCGAUUCAGAACAUAUAUUGAGUUUAAACAAUAUUUCCGCCGCUCUUUUCAAAAAUAUUCCAGAUUCAAAGAUUCAAAGGAGUAACAUUUAUUUGGUUGUAGUUCUUACAGAAAGAAUAGCAAUUAAUACUUUGGAACCAGAUUCCGAUGCAAAGGUCCCUCAAACCCCACCUUUCAUUCCAUUUAGUGCACAGACAAGUGGUGCAAGUCUGGGAGUUGUAACUAGAGGAGUGGCUGCAGGUGCGGUAGAUAUAUCUAGAGUUUUCGCCAAAUAUAACAACUCUUUUACACCAACAGGCAACUCCUACAAAUUUAAGGUUUAUUUGUUCGGAUCUUACCACAAGAGACCAACAGACGAUGAAAUGCAAUCAUCUACAUCAGAGGGUAAUAACAAUAGUAGUAACAGUGAAACCGGUUGGGGUGUUCUUACAGAUAAAAUUUUAUCGAAUUCAUUGGAGGGUGUUGCUGUUAAUCGGAGAGCCACCUCGUUAUCUGUUUCUGUGAAGGAGAUUAGUGGUAAAAAUGCAGCUCAAAGAUCUAUAGGAACAUCCAACGCUGCCAUUAAAUCGGUUCCUACUCAUUUUUACGAUAUUAUCUCACAGGCAAGGGAAAGGAUUUAUUUGCAAUUAGGUAAAGUAUCAUUCCCUUCCAUUCCAGCAAGUGCAACGAAUGUUAAAAACAUUACUAUUCAAAUUUCUUCCAAUAAUAGAGGUGUUUUCUUUAGUAGAACUGCUAACGAAGCACUUUUUUACAGAUGGCAAUUCGUUUCAGUGGAACCAGAUGAAUCCAUUGGUGAUUCUGUUAGAAUACAUGGAUUGGAAAACAUGAGAGAUGAUGAAAUUAUUAAGGUUUCUGCAUAUCUAAACGGUGUACUCAUGGCUAAAACUCAUCUACCCAUUAAGAAGCACAAUCGUAUUGUGGAGUACAAGAAAUUCUCUAAUAUUCAAUUACUGAAUCCAGAAAAGGAACCAUUACUGAAUUUAGAGGUUUACUCAGAGUACUUCGGUUACAAAUAUAACAUGGACCCUAGGUUACAAAAAUUCUUGAACGUUCAAUCGUACUACAAAUCUGAUAAUGUUGCAUUCCAACAAGAUUGUCAAAAUGCCUUUGCUGGUUUGAAAACAGUCAGUUUAGAUCAACUUCAAAAGUAUUUUGCCAAAGUUUUACAAAAUUUUGCUGAUUUAUUCUACCUUUUUGAAAUUUCUAGAAGGAAGCAAUUUCCUGAAGAACUUUGUUCCAAAACAUUUGCUAGCUUCGUUGAUUUUAUCGAUAAGAUUCUUACUCAUAAUGAUAGCUUCAGGUACAGCUUUAACAAGUUUUACAAAAAAUUAUUAAGAACAUCAAGCGUCUCUCCAAAUGUUGGAUGUGUCAUCUUAGAGAACAUGGCAAAAGUAUUUUCUAAAGGUCAUGACACUUGGGAUGCCGUUGGGAGUGCCGUUGCACGUAACUCUGUGUAUUUACUGAUGUUAUCAGUGGUGUUCUCAAGAGGAAUGGAUGCCAAAUGGAAGGAAUCCUUUGAAGGGUUCUUUUCACAAAUCUGUGAAUAUAUGACAGAUACUUCAGAUAAAACAAUUAACGAUCAGACUUCACUUUUAGAACAAUAUGAUCUUUGGUUAGAUUUCCUAAUGUUGUACUAUCCCCCUGAAGAAAUAGUGCAAUUUACUUUAGCAUUAAUGCAAAGUUGUAGAAAUAAAGAAGAUAAUUUGGAAUUUGGGUCCAAGAAAUUAACUGCAAAACAAGAGAAAUAUGCAAAUGCAAAAUUUUCACUGCUUCGUCGUAUUUUAGUUCACCUUUCACUACAUGAUUAUCUUUUUGUAACCGGUGUUACUCAAAGAUUAAGGUUGAUCUUCCUCACCAAAUGUAUUGAUUGGACUUUACAACCAUAUGCUGUGGAAAUCAUCCAAAUGAAUCCAGCAAGAUUGGCACAUGGUGUUCUCCUAACAAUUGUGGAAAAUGCUCGUGAUAGAAUGCUCCAAAGGAACAUUUUAAGAUUAUUACCUACCUUGUGCAAAGUAUUCUUGAGUGCUAGAAAAUAUUGUCUAGAUAACAAUAUGUUCAAACCAAAGAUCACUUUCACAGAAUUGUUCCCCAUAACAUUACCGGUUACCAUACAGUCAAUGGAUUCUUUGAUUAAGAAGGAAGUCGUUGUAGAACCACUUCUUGAAAUCAUAACAAUAGUUUGUGAGAUUCUUAAGACGGCGGAAAAGUUAUAUGGACCUAACCCAUCCUUUAGUGAGGUACUCGAAGAGUGUAAGGGUAAGGAGCUUCAAUCGAAAUAUUUCUCACAAAAUAUAUCUGCAUUGGAUGUUUUCACCUUGUACCAUGUUGUGGGAAUUGCAUUGAAGGGUGGGUUUUUCCCAUCUAAGAGGUGGCUAGGUAUAUCUGCUAUGAUUAUGAGAAGUUUGAUGACUUUGUUAGCCAUGUACAAAGAUUGUAUGGUAAGGGAAAAUAUUGGAGGUCCUGUUGAUAAAAACGAUUUGAAAGUGUGGUCCGCAUAUUUGAAGUCAGUCUGCAUGGUCGCCAACCACAAAACUACAUUUUUAAUAAAAAUGGCAAUUUUACCUAGAAAGGCGGUAUAUUUAAUCACUGGUGAUUGCAAUAAACGUGCUGCUGAACUACUAAAUUUUGGAUGGAACUCCAUCGCGGAUUCAGAGUAUAAUCAAGUAUGCGCUAAACGUUUUGGGUUUGGUAGGAUUGGUAUCAACCAAUUAGCACUUCUUCAAGAUAAUGCAUCAUUGAUUAGUGAAAUGAUAUUAUUUGGGGCUCAUGACCACUAUCGUGCUGUCGUGGUUAGUACUAGAAUUUUAUGGCAUGCUAUGAUCAACGUUUGGAUGGAAUAUGGUGCGUUGAAGCCAAUUUUAGAUGCCACUCUUCCUGAAUUGUACAAUUACUACAAUUCCGGUAGAUUACGACUAACUGAUGAAGAGUUAAACAAGUUGAAAUUGAGUUUGUUGUACACUAUUCAUGUGAGCCCUCAGGAUAAAAGCUACAACUCCCUUCUAAUUGCUAGUGACGAAGUAUUCACCUUUUUGCAACUUAUUGCAGAUGUGGAUAAGAUUCCUGACGACGAAGAAUUUGACGAUGAUCGGACCGCCGUUCACAUGGAAAUGUUUGGAUAUCUGAUGGAUGCAAAUAGCCCAGACCUUUACCACAAGAUGAUUUACCAUCUUUUCAUUCAGUCUACAAAGAAAAAAGACUAUGUGCAAGCUGCAUUAAGUUUAGAGUUGUUGGCCAAUACAUUUGAUUGGAAUCCAAAUGAUUGGUUACCUGCCGUUUCUCAUCCACCUAUGAGAGAACAAUCAUCAUUUGAAAGGAAAGAAUACUUGUACAAAGAGGCUGCUAAUAAUUUUACCAAAGGUUUGAAAUUAGAGAAGGCCUUAUCUCUCUACAAAGAUUUGACCAAUGCUUAUGAUCAAAUCAAUUACGAUUUAAGUGGGUUGGCAUUUGUUCACAAUGAGAUUUCGAGCCUUUACACUAGCAUGCAAACCGUAGAUAGGUUGGUACCUUCCUUUUUCAAAGUUACCUUUGCUGGAUUGGGAUUCCCUAUAUCAUUGAGAAAUAAGAUGUUCAUCUUCGAAGGUAUGCCCUUUGAGCAUAUCACAAGCAUGUGCAAUAGACUUUUAAAAAUGCACCAUGGUUCUUCUAUCAUACAAAAAUUCGAAGAAUUAGAGGAAUUAACCAUGAAACCCAAAAUGGGUAAGUUCAUGCACGUAUCCAGUGUGGAACCUCAAUUUGAAAUGUCAAACGAAUUCCAAAGCAAUAAAGAUAAGAAAAGCAAAUUUAAUUACAAAACAUGGCUAUACAUUGAAAACAGGAACAUGAAGACAUUUUCCAGUUCGAGAAAGCUACCAGGUGGUACUAGUGUCACUGAUCUUUGGGUUGACGAAUACACUUAUGAGACUGUAUCAACUUUCCCCACAUUAAUGAAUCGUUCUGAAGUUCGUAAUGUGAGAAAGACUAAGUUAUCACCAUUGGAAAACGCCCUCAGAUCCCUACGUAUUAAAGUACAGGAACUUAGUGGGUUGUCCGAUAUGUGUUAUAGAGUAGUCAGAGGUCAAGAUGAUCAAGGCGUAUGGUUUAACGAACUGUCUAGAAAUCUUUCGGGUACGAUUGAUGCUCCUGUCAACGGUGGUAUGACCCAAUACAGAGAAUUUCUCGAAGAACCGCACGCAUCUCAAUCUACCACUGCUGAUCUGAACAGUCUCACCAAGGCGUUUAGUGAUCUAGCUCUAGUUCUAGCACACUGCCUAAACGUUCACAGGGAUAUGCUACCGUCAGAGCAAUUGAGAGACUCUCAUAACAUGUUGGUACAACUUUUCAAAAAAAAUUUCUCCCCAGAGAUUAAGAGCAACAGCAUCAAUUGCGAAACUGCCAGCGUUAUUAGUACCCAAUCACCAAGCGCCUCGUCAUACCGUUCUAAAAGUAAUCCAUUUGUGGACUCUGUGAACGAAUCUCGGAUGGAUUACAAUGACGAAGCAUCAGACGCUGGAAGUGAUAUACAAAUCAAAUCCAUAGCGUCUUCUAGGUUAACAUGGACCUCCAACAGCAGCCCAUCAGCAAAUGGAUUCAGGAAAAAAUCCCCUCAAAAAUGGUGA